UAGUUUUUCUCUUAACACACAAACCUACUUACGUACUUUGCACAUUUUUGUAGUGCUCUUGUUUCCAAUAAGUUAACAAUUAGUUUGUUUUUUUCAUUUAUUUAUUAUUCUAUUCAUAAAAUUUUGGCCUACAUUUGGUUAUAUUAAUUGGAGUGCAGUUUUUGUUGGGACCAAAUUAGUGCAAUGAACAUUAUUGCCAGAUUUGCAGACUACACCUUCAAAACUAACUCCCAUAUCCGAAAAAUGCCGCAUAAAAUGGCAUUUGAUUACCUACAAAACCAGCCGACGACCAUCCAUCAUGAAGCGCAAGAACGUUUAGACGCCCUCGACGUCUUCGGCGCUAUAUAACGCGACGCUUAUCAUAAACUUGUUCACAGUUUUCGACGCUCCAGCAACUUCUUUUCGCACUCCCGAUAGUUGUACUUUUUUUUGCUAUCAAGCGAACUUUUCCCGGUCAAAAGAUGACUUUCGUUAAUAAGAUUUCGUUCCAAGUCUUUUUUACGGGGUGUAUGGUUGCUGUGGUCGUCUAUGGGAUGCCGGAUAGCUGGAUUUUGAGUCGAAUGGCUGUGGGGAUGCCCUUAGGGCCAUCUACAAAACUCCAUUUGAAUCAGGAAAUUGGACCUGACUUUAUCUCGUCACCUGUUAGACCUAAAAGGGAUCCUGAGCAUUAUGUCGAUGAGUGCAUAUCUAUGUUAGGCGAAGAAGGACAAUAUUAUCUAAAAUCUAGAACCGAUCCAGAUGGAAGUGUAUGCGCAAUUUAUUUAUACGCUGAACCUGACCAGAAUAUUGAAAUUAAGUUUAAUUACUUAGACGUAAGCUGUGAUAAUGAGGGAUUAGUUGUGGUGGUAGAUGGCUGGGAGUUAAACCAAAAAAUAUUCCCAAACCCAGACGACCAUCCAAAAGAACUAAAAACCAGAUUCACCGAGACUUGUGGUAAACGAAAAAUCAAAAAGAGUUUCUUGAGCUCCCAAAACGUCGCUUUAAUACAAUACAGAAUGCCGGCCAGGGGGUCCAGCUUUAGUUUUUCAGUUCGAUUCGUAAAAAACCCAACUCCAUGCAAUGUCCUCAUUCAGUCCGAACAAGUAUAUACCCUUCGGAAUUACGGUGAAAGGGCCAACUGCAGUAUCAGCGCAUUAUUUCCAGCAGCUCUUAGGAUCUUGGAUAUUAAUGUGGGGGUAACUCGGUCUAAAGAUAGAAGUAAUGAAUUUGAGACUGGAGUAUUACAUAAGUGUCAGAAACGUGGUUUAGACGAUUACGUACAAAUUGGAGGUUCAUCAGGAAUUGACGAUGGUUUUAUGGAAAUCGCCGACUCUUUAUGUGGAUUAAGCUCAAUGCCAGGAAAAUAUGUGGAAAAUAUUGGAUGUGACGUCUCUUCGGCUAGAUUAGUCUCCAGCGGAGCUUACGAUAACUCGAUCACAUUAAUUUUUGAACAACUAACUUUCAAUGACGUAAAUGGGUUUAUGAGCGUUGUUUGCAUACCAGAAGAUUUGUCAUAAAGAAGUUGGCUGCUGACCAAAUGGAUAACUUGCUAUUAAACUUAUUUAUGGUUCUGGAAUUUUGCCCUAUUUGCAGUUAUGCAGCUACUUUAUUUUAUUUAAUGAUAUUAUAAUAUUUAUUUGUUAAUUUAUUAAGGUAUUAUUGAUUUAUUUUAUAUAAGUCAAUUAUUUAUAUAUAUAUAUUUUUUAAAUCAUAUUUUAUAGGUGGUCCUAAAAAGCCCUCUGUCUUAUUUAAAUAAAGAAACUGUUAUUUUAUUUGAAAUUUUUUAAAACAGUUGAUUUUCUAUUAAAUUUUGAUAUUAAAAUGAUAUAUGUCUAAUUUAAAUAUCUUAAGGAGGCGGGACUUUUUGGGACCAUAUAAAUGACACAUGGCAGGUUACCCACCAAGAAUUGUUUUUAUAUUUAAAUUUUUAGUAUUUUAACAUACAUAUACUGGUUUCUUAACAUUAAAAUACAUUCUAAUAGGUUUCGUAAGAAUAUAUAUAAUGUCAGUCUCAAAUAAAAGACAUGGUAUAAUAAGCAAUUAGAAAAA